GUGCUUUGCAAUCUUCUUCUUCUUCUUCUUCUUCUUCUUCUUCAUCAACUUCUUCAUCUUCAAAUUCAAAUUUAUCUUCUAUAUACUCUUUGAAGAAACCCUGAAGGGCAGCCAUGGGUUCACUUAACUUCACCAAUGAAACUGCGCUAAAGGAUAGAGACGAUAAUUGUAACUUUGGAGAUGCAGAAGUUGUGGCCAAAAACUUCAAUCAGAAAGAAGAAAAGGUGACUAGCACAGGAGGGUGGAAAUACACAUGCAUCUUGCUAGCAAAUCAAGGUUUAGCAACACUAGCUUUCUUUGGUGUUGGAGUGAACUUGGUUUUGUUCUUAACUAGAGUUCUUGAUCAAGAAAAUGCCACUGCCGCCAACAAUGUUAGCAAAUGGACUGGAACUGUAUAUUUGUUCUCUCUUGUGGGAGCAUUCCUCAGUGAUUCAUAUUGGGGCCGUUACUUAACCUGUGCAAUUUUUCAGAUCAUUCUUGUUUUGGGUUUGGUGCUAUUAUCCCUCACUUCUUGGCUUUUCUUGAUCAAACCGAAUGGUUGUGGUGAUGGAAAAAUGGAUUGCAUGCCCACAUCUCCAAUGGGCAUAGACAUUUUUUACUUAUCUAUAUAUUUAGUAGCCUUAGGAUAUGGAGGUCAUCAACCAACCCUAGCAACAUUUGGAGCAGACCAAUUUGAUGAGGCAAACCCUAAACAAAAGAAAUCGAAAGCAGCUUUCUUUGCCUGUUUUUACUUUGCACUCAAUGUAGGGUCUCUUUUCUCAAACACCAUUUUGGUCUACUAUGAGGACAAUGGGAUGUGGACACUUGGCUUUUUGGUAUCCUUAGGUUCAGCUAUCGUUGGCUUAUUGUCAUUUUUUAUCGGAACCCCUAAAUACCGAUAUGUACAACCAUCUGGCAACCCUUUGCCACGUGUUGCUCAGGUAUUUGUGGCUGCAACUAAGAAAUGGAACAUUGUUCCAGCCAGUCCAAAUGAUCUAUAUGAAUUGGAAGGACCAGAGUCUGCAAUUAAAGGGAGUAGAAAGAUUCUUCAUAGCAGUGAGUUUGAAUUUUUGGACAAGGCAGCAACAGUAACACAGAAUGAUGUUAAUGGUCCAAAAAAUCCAUGGAGGCUUUGCACUGUGACUCAAGUUGAAGAAGCAAAAUGUGUUAUGAAAAUGCUACCCAUUUGGCUAUGCACAAUAAUCUACUCAGUCGUAUUCACUCAAAUGGCUUCCCUCUUUGUUGAGCAAGGCGAUGUGAUGAAAACAAAAUUUGGAGAGUUUCACCUCCCAGCGGCUAGUAUGUCUGCCUUUGAUAUCUGCAGUGUACUUAUUUGCACAGGACUUUAUAGCCAAAUCCUUGUUCCCUUUGUUGGAAAACUAAGUGGUAAUCCCAGGGGCUUAACGGGGCUUCAAAGAAUGGGUGUUGGACUCAUUAUUGGAAUGUUGGCAAUGCUUGCAGCUGGUGCCACUGAGAUCCAAAGACUUAAAUAUGUGAUCCCUGGUGAGAAGAGUAGCUCCUUAAGCAUAUUUUGGCAAAUUCCACAGUAUGUUCUUGUUGGUGCUUCUGAAGUGUUUAUGUAUGUUGGUCAAUUGGAAUUCUUUAAUGAACAAGCUCCAGAUGGUAUCAAAAGCUUUGGCAGCUCGCUUUGCAUGGCUUCAAUUUCUCUUGGAAACUAUGUUAGUAGCAUGUUGGUUAACAUGGUCAUGAAAAUCACUACAAAAGGCAACAACCCUGGUUGGAUACCAAAUAACUUGAACACAGGCCACAUGGACAGGUUUUACUUUCUUAUUGCAGUUCUCACGGCUUUUGACUUUGUGAUUUACUUGUUUUUGGCUAAGUGGUAUAAAGGCAUCAACCUUGAGGACAGUGAGAAGGAAAUUCAAAAGGAAGGACCGGGACAUGAAUUGCUCAACAAAGUUUAGACUUUUUCUCUUACUUAUCAGUCAAAUGCUUUUUUCUUUUUUUCUUUUUUAAAUGUUAUUUCGAGGUCUAUUGGUUCUCUCGUGACUUUUAGAAUGGACAUUUUCACAAGAAGGAAGCAUGAUCUUUGUCGGUGACAUUUGAUGAAAAAAAAGGGUUGUUACAAGGGAUGAUUGCUUUCUUAUUUAUUAUGGUAGGAUUUCAUUGAGAUAAGGUUGACCACAUUAGGUAAUGUCAUGUGUGAUUUUGAAUUUUAUGGUUUUAUCAAUGGUGUCCCAUAUAUUGUAAAUGUAAAAAAAAAUGAACAUCUCUUUUUCAAUUA